CCGUCAUCAUCUUGACCUAGUCAAUCAUGCCUCCAGGACGUAAGCGGAAAUCCGAUGCUCUCCAAAGUACAGAAAACUCCAUUGCAAGCACAUCCGAAGUUACUACACCAAGUCGGGCUCCGGCUGGAAGACCGAGUAAUAACACCAGUCGUACCGAACCAAGACCGUCACAGUCAACCCAGACUAAUGCCAAUCGAGCCCAACUAAAAUCACCACAGUCAAGUCAGACUGACACCAAUCACACCGAACCUACUCUGUCACAAUCAGACCAAAAUGUUACCAAAGGCGAUAAGGGACAAUUCCUCGUCAAUGUGUACGGAGAAAAUCGUUGUACGUUUUGCAGUACACACGCAUACAAUGCAUGUCAAGUUAUCAUCAGUCAUCGUUCGAUAAAAUGUUCUAAGUGUGCAGAACGUAAGGCCGGUGCAAAUAAAUGUGUUUUAAAUCUAAAACACCUCAAAGGGCUUUUCCCAGCCUAUGUAGAACGGGAAGAGGAACGUCGGACAAGGUUCGAGCCAAGUAAAUCGCCUAAUCACAACAAUAACGGGAAAGAUGUACAGCUAGUUAUCAUACAUGCACUGCUGAAUGAUGUCAUUCGCUCUCACAAACGUAAACCAGAGCCGGACGUUGAUAUGAUUGGAAGGCUAGAAGAUAUCGCCGACAAAGUUGAGCAAUACAUGUCAUAGUGUCGUAUUUGCACCAUCUUUCGUCGGUCGUGGCUUCUCAAGUCCUAUUGGAUCAUUGAUGUAAUCCGCUCAAAGGGCAAGCAAUAGCCAGGCAGUGGCAGAACAGAAAAACGCGGCUUUGGAAGGUAUCUAUCGCAAGAUGCAGUUAUAUCAUUAAUUUACGGCAUUGUUUUAUAGCUAAGAUUAAUUUGUAUUUGUACAAAAUGAAUUGAAUUUGGAGAACGGUUGAAACUG